CUUGAAAGUGAUUCUGAUUCGAAAGUCAAAAAUACAAACUUGUCGAAAAUAAAAAAACUUCACGGGCAUUUCGAAAGUCUUUUCGUGACACAAAAGCUAAGGUCCAGCUACCGGCAAGCAUGAAGAAGAUCAAGACCAGCAAGAGAGCCUUUCUUCCUGGCCAUGGCGAUGGCCAUUGUUUAUCCCUGUUUUUCUUGUUUUUCUUCUUUCCCUCAGUUUCAAUUGCAGCAACAACCACAACAGCACCGCCUCUUUACAAGGAUCCCAAUGCUCCGGUCGAAUCCCGGGUGUCGGACCUCCUCUCUCGCAUGUCUUUGUCAGAAAAGAUCGGCCAAAUGGUCCAAAUCGACCGCUCUCUCGCCUCCCCAGAUGUCCUCCGGGAUCUUGCCAUCGGGAGUGUGCUCAACGGCGGUGAUAGCGCUCCGGCGCCCGAUUCCACUCCGGCCAUGUGGGCAGACAUGAUCGAUGGAUUCCAAAAAGCUGCACUGUCCACGAGGCUCGGAAUUCCCAUAUUUUACGGCAUCGACGCCGUCCACGGCCACAACAAUGUCUUCGGUGCCACUGUCUUCCCCCACAACAUCGGCCUCGGCGCCACCGGGGAUGUGAAUUUGAUUACGAGAAUCGGAAAGGCGACUGCUUUGGAGAUCCGAGCAACAGGGAUUCCGUACACCUUCGCUCCCUGCAUUGCCGUUUGUAGGGACCCAAGGUGGGGCCGGUGCUACGAGAGUUACAGUGAAGACACAAACAUCGUGAGACGAAUGGCCAAGAUCAUACUAGGACUGCAGGGUGCCCCACCUCUUAAUCACACCGAGGGUUACCCUUUUGUUGCCGGAGGGGGAAGGAGAGUGAUGGCGUGUGCAAAGCACUACACAGGGGACGGUGGGACGAAAGGAGGGGUGAACGAGUACAACACGGUGGCGAAUUACACAGAGUUGGUUAAGGUACAUAUACAGCCAUACAGAGACGCUCUGGCCAUGGGAGUAUCAACGGUGAUGGCCUCUUAUUCCAGCUGGAAUGGGGCCAAGAUGCAUACCAAUCCUUUUCUCCUCACUCGUGUGCUCAAAGAGGAGAUGUCUUUCCAGGGUUUCGUGAUAUCAGACUGGGAAGGGGUUGAUAGGGUUACCAGUCCACCAGGUUCAAACUACAAGGACAGUCUGAAGGCAGCGAUCAAUGCGGGGAUUGACAUGGUCAUGAUCCCUUUCAAAUACCAGAGGUUCAUAACAGAUCUUACAGACCUUGUCACAACUGGCCAGGUUCCAGUGUCAAGGAUCGAUGAUGCUGUCCGGAGGAUACUCAGAGUCAAAUUCAUAGCUGGACUAUUCGAGCAGCCCAUGGCAAAUAGAUCCCUCCUUGGCUUGGUCGGACAAAAGAGGCAUAGAGAAUUGGCGAGAGAAGCUGUUAGGAAAAGCCUUGUUUUAUUGAAGAAUGGAAAGGAUAAGCAAAUGAUGCUGCCCUUGGACAAGAAAGCCCCCAGAAUUCUUGUAGCUGGAACUCAUGCUCAUAAUAUUGGAUACCAAUGUGGGGGAUGGACUGUAACGUGGCAAGGGUCUUCAGGAAAUAUCACCAUAGGAACUACAAUCCUAGAAGGGAUUAAGAAUGCAGUUAGCAAGCAAACUCAAGUAAUAUUUGAGGAGAAACCAGACAAACAAUUCUUGGACAAGAACAAGGAUUUUUCAUAUGCCAUCGUCGUCGUUGGAGAACUUCCAUAUGCUGAGACUUCUGGUGACAGCAAGGAUCUCACGCUAGCACUUGAUGGUGGUGAAACGAUCAAAACUGUCUGUGCAGAGAUAAAAUGCCUAGUGAUCAUUGUAUCAGGUAGGCCGGUAGUUAUAGAGCCUUAUAUGGAUGUGAUAGAGGCAUUGGUGGCUGCAUGGCUCCCAGGGAGUGAAGCAGGGAAGGGAAUUGCAGAUGUUAUAUUUGGGGACUAUGAUUUCCAAGGUAGGCUUCCGAGGACUUGGUUCCGGCGAGUGGAUCAACUACCAAUGAAUUUUGGCGACCCACAUUACAAUCCGCUGUAUCCACUUGGAUUUGGCCUUGAAAUGAAGCUUUCAUCGCAUACAAGGGCUAGGAUAUCAUCAUCAUCUUCAUCUUCUUCUUCUUCAGAAUCAUUUUGUCAUCAGCUUGAUUUGCCAUCCUUAAUCAAUGGACUGGUUGAUUCUGGGGAAUGUGUUUAUUGAAUUGUAGUUGUUUAGUGUAAAAUAUGUGCAAUUUGUUUGUGUUGAAGACCCAUCAGCAGUUUUCUUGUAUGAAUUCAUUCAGAGUGACUUUGGCUCACAACUUAUCUAUGCAAUAUGGGCUGGACUCAAGGAGUUGAACAUGAGUUUUUUCAAACUUCA